AUGAAAAACUCAAAACCAAUUGCAAACAAUACUCCUCCCCCAUCCCUAUCCAACACCUCUUCGACAGCCCAAUCUUUCAUUGAUAGUCAACAUUCUUCUGUUUUUGGUUCAUCAAGUCGGGAGGUAAAUGCAUUGGGUAACUCUGCUCCUAAAAGAUCCUUGUUACAGGAAUUGGGGGAAGAGAAAUUCAUCCCGCUCAAGAAACCCAAGCUGACAAAAGAAUCAAACGGAGAGGAAGGUCACUGGAUAACAAAGAAGCUAACUAGAAGCGACGUGAAUGGAGCUUCGAGGCUAUUACUAUCUCGACAAGACGUGAAUAAUUACAUAUUACCCUUCAUGAACAAGGAAGAACAGAGCAUAAUUUGUCAACAAUUGUGCGGAGUUGAUGUUACUGUAUUUGAUAUGGAUACACAAACAAGCCAUAUUUUGACUCUCAAGAAAUGGUCAACUAAUAGCUUUCACCUUGUCAAAGCAUGGACAAAGGAUUUUGUCAAAAGGAGGAAUCUCAAAGAAAAAGAUGUCAUUUCCAUUCGUUGGGAGAAAAGCAAUUCAAGAUUUUGUUUUCGAGUUCAAAUGAGGGAUCAAGUAGAUCUUUAACAUGUUUAGUUUUUUCAUAUUUUUUUUAGUUAGUUAUCUCGAGCUUUAGCUCAAUGAUCAAUUUUGUAAGUAUG